AUACACUAUUACUUCAUAGAAACACAUACAAAUUUAGGUUCAGCGCCUGAGCUUUUAGUAUGACUAUUUUCAGGCUAAUGGAGCUAGUUAGCAACACGUCAUGAAGCUAGCUGUUCGGCUAAUAACGUUCACUAGUCUGUGUGAGAAUCAUGUGCUCUCUCACGCUCUUCCCGCCGCCGCUGCUCAGCGGACAGGUUACUUUAUAUGAGGCAAAUAACGAGCUCGUGUGGGGGAAUUUGACGGAGUGCUACGAGAAACAGCACUGGACUCCUCCUAGCCUUCAUUUUCCAAGGGAAACUCUGAAACCACACAGUCGCCCAGAGAGCAGCAGCAAAGCAGCCUUCCUGGAUCACAGAGAUACUUUGUGGAUGAGAAGUGCUGGAGCCUGGCGUGACGCUGGUCUUACUGGUCUAUUAGAUGAAAUCACUAACAGUUCUGAAGAAGUACCCAAGUGGCUGACGUUGAGUUCCGGAUGUGUUUUGGCUCUUCUGCGAUGGAUGUCUUCAUUUCAUUGUUCUCUGUUUCCACAUCUGACGUUAAGUGGUGAGGAUAUGGUCGCUGAAUUUUCACAGGUACUGAGUUGGUCUGAUAGCGCUAUCCGAAGCUUUGCAUGGCAUCCUCACACAGACAAGUUUGCAGUAGCCCUCCUGGAUGACUCCAUCAAGAUCUACAACUCUCGGAGUGCAAUAACUCCGACUCUGAAGCAUAGACUGCAGAGGAGUGUGAGUGCUAUGCAGUGGAAGCCUCUGUGUGCGUCAACACUGGCCGUGGCCUGCCACACCUGUCUGCUCAUUUGGCACGUGGACCCGAACUCGCUCUCUACACGGCCCUCUUCUGGUUGUGCUCAGGUAUUGUCUCAUCCUGGUCACUCUCCAGUUACUUCCAUUGCUUGGUCCCCUUCUGGUUCUCUACUAGUGUCUGCAUCUCCUGUGGACACUUCCAUGAUAGUAUGGAAUGUUGCUGCAGAAAUCUGCGUUCCUCUGCAGCGUGUAGGAGGUGGAGGAGUCACAAAUCUGUCAUGGUCGCCAGAUGGCAGCCGACUAUUGGCAGCCACUCCAUCUGCUCUAUUCAGGGUGUGGGAGACAAAGAUGUGGACCUGUGAACGGUGGCCUUGUCUGAAAGGGCGCUGUCAGUCAGGGUGCUGGAGUCCUGAUGGAAGUCGAUUGUUGUUCUGCGUUCAGGGAGAAACGGUGAUCUACGCACUCACUUUUUCAGACAUGGCAGGAGGACCCAAGUCUGCUGCAGUGGUGGCUGAUCUCUCUGAGACUUCCUUCAGCGGGCCUGACGGUGACCUCAUAGUUGGAGGAGAGGUUCAGUCUCUUGCCUGGGAUCCCACUGGAGAGAGGCUGGCUGUGCUUCUGAAAGGAAAGGCAGAAUCCUCCAAUCAUUCUGCCAUCAUUGCUGUAUUUAAAACACGCUCCAGCCCCAUCUUUGAGUUACUUCCAUGUGGUUUUGUGAAAGGGGAGGCCGGAGCAGAGCCUAGACUGAUGCAGUUCCAGCCUCAUUUUCAGCAUGGUGCACUGCUCACUGUGUGCUGGUCAAAUGGGCGAAUCUCUCAUGUGCCUUUCUACUUUGUUGGUGUGGGGAUGCCAUGUUCAACUGGAAGCCCUCCACUUCCCCACUUCACCAGCAAGACAGAAGAUUACAAUACACACACCCUCUACACCGAACAAAUGUCGUGAACCCCUUUGUGCUUUUAGGCUUCAAUCAGUGCUACUUACUUUACAUACUUACAUAUUUCAAAAUAUACUCAGAAUUACAAUUCAUUUUGCAUAAAAUAAUAAAUGUAGAUUUUCUCAUUCCA